GUUGUUUGAUGCUAGUAUCGUGAUUCUUCACGCUCUGCGUUCGUCAAGCCCAUCCGUGUUUUGCUUAGCUUCUAGCUUUUGCUCCAGCUGCCUUGUCCCUGUUCUCUUCACUCCGCCCUCCCCCACACAACUUUUUAUCCGCUUUUGUCCAGGAAUAUUAGAUGUCUCACCUCUAUACUCCUGGGUUACCUUACAAGAAGGCUCCUUUGGUUCCUCGGUUUACGACGCAGCCCGCUUUCCUUUCGUUCCCUUGCCCCCCGACUGCUCGCUUCGUCUUCCGCCGGAACCCUCUGGUUCCUUCUUACCGCUCGUUUUUGCCUGUCUCGUCUCAACGAGCUGGCGUCCGCUCCUUUGAGGAAAUGCGAAAGUGUUCGCAUCUUCCUGUUCGUUGUGUGAGACCCCCUGCCCCUCGUUCCAUUGUUUUACCUGCCCCAGCUCCCACUGGGGCAGUGCGCUCGCUAAAAGGCUCCCUUUCCCGCCUGGAGGAAAGAAGAGCAGCUCGACAGGCCCGAUCUCGACCUUGGGCUUUGCCCAGGUCGCAGAGUCCGAACGAGUCCCUCGAGGGACACCGGUCGAAGCUCGCCGCCAUUCCCUCCAAGCCGUCGCCACCAGCUACACACAUGACGCGUGCUCAAAGGGCGAUCAAGCGCAUCGACGAGGUCCUUGCAAAGUCCGCUCUGGCUCCGACCAGUGCGGGUCGUAAGGACAAGUCGGUGAAGGUUGUUCGUUUCGGCGAGAAUACCGUCAUUCCUGUUUCCCGCUGGAUUGUACGGCAAGAGCACGUGUACCCCGCCCCGAUUGCGGCCAUGGGCCACCUUCAGGGAUGGAGUGUCACGCCUCUAACGGAGCCCGACGAGGACGGAGAGAUGGAGAAGUAUGCAACAUAUUGGGGUUCCGACUCCUAUGUGAUGCUUACUUUCAGUCACGACGCCUCGAGGCCAUGUAACCGCCAGGACUGCGCGUGGAACCGACUGGCCCGGAUCGCCGCCAGGAGGCCCGCGUGGGGACCUGCAACAGUGUUUAUGGUUUGGAAUCGGCUCCGGGAGCAGGUUCGAGAGCGGGGAGGAUUCCGGUUGUGAGUCUUUCUGUUCUCUGUCACUCAUUUCAUUUGCUCCUCCACACUCGUUUGCCCACACUCGUCUUGUAGCCCUGACUCUCAUGUCGUCCGUUCGUUUCCCCCAUUGGCCCUGGUUGGGAUGUCCAACCAGGUUCUGUUUACCAGGUAACAGAUCGGGCUGUGCGUAUAUCCUGUUGUGAUACUGGUGGCACAUUUGCACCGGACAAGAGGUGAGAGCACCAGCCUUUCUAAGCUCCACUGACUAACAGAAUCAAGGGGAUUCCAGAAGAGGGUUCCCUAUGAACAGGGGUAAUGGCGCACCCCCGUACGCGGAAAGUAAGUCGUAGUUCCUCGCCUGGAGUGCCAGCAACCUG